AUGGAUCCCCAGCGCCGGCGCCGCCGGGCCGCGCCGGCGGCGGAUCGGCUGACCUCCCUCCCGGAGCCCCUGAUCGACGGCAUCCUAACCCGGCUCGACUUCCGCGACGCUGUCCGCACCUCCGCGCUCUCCCGUGCCUGGCGGCGCCGCUGGGAGUCGCUCCCCACGCUGUCCCUCUCCCUCCUCGACGGCCUCAGCACGCUUCCGACGACUGUCGACAGCGUCCUCAUCCGCUACGCCGGCCGCAUCCGGGACGUCUCGAUCCGCAUCAACAACGCGUACUCCGUGUGCCGCAUCGACGACUGGCUGAUUGCUUUGUCCCGUCGGGGCGUCCGGUCCAUGGACCUCCGAGUCGACUGCGGCUUGAGCAUCAACUCCUCGAUCUACUCUUUUAGCAACCUCGUGACCCUGAAGCUGCACGGGUGCUACGUCCCAUCCACGCCCGUGGGAUUCGCCGGCUUCCCCGUGCUCCAGGAGCUCAAAAUCGCCGACGUCCAGUUCUCGGUGAACUUGGAAUUGGAGGCUAUCAUCGGCCGGUCGCCCUUGCUUGCUGUCCUCGAGCUAUCUGAUGUGUACAUCCCUAGCGACGAGCCGUGUAUGAUUGCGGCGCCCAAUCUCCGUAGCCUAACAAUCGUUUCGGUGGCUGAUUAUUACGCCUGGGAAUUUGGGGAGCUGCCGCGUCUCGACAACGCCACCAUUGAUUUUGAUACCUAUGUGAACGGGAAUGACUUUGGAGUAUUCGUUGCCGGCGUUGCUCAUGCAAGGAAGCUCACUCUCUCAACGUUCUACCAACCGGUGCUGCAUCAUCUGGAGUUGGGAUGA